AUCGCUCUUGAAGUAAUCGCUCUCAUAUUGUGAAUCGAUCCGCAAUGUCCGUCGACUUCACGAACGAGGCCGAGGUCCGCGAGUUCCUCAGCGGCAUCCGCACCGAGUACGGGUACCAGUGUCUACGUGAGCGAGAACCAGAGGGCUGCCAUCGUCUGGCUGAGUUCCUACACAGCGUAGAGCGAGACUUCCCAGCGGCAGCAAAGCUCCUGCAGCUGAAUUGUGAGAAGAAUGGCUUCACGAAGAGCUGUGCCAAGCUGGGAACGUACCACGCGCUGGGCAGGGGAGGAAUGGUGGUGGAUUUGGCUCGUGCCGUUGAACUCUUCUCGAGGUCUUGCCUGGGGGCGGUGACCCCCGACCCGGCAUCUCCAGUCUCCGUUGCCGCAUCCCCAGGCUCUACCACUUUCACCCCAUCCCCUGAGGGCUGCAACAAUCUUGGCGAGAUGGCCAGGCAAGGCACAGGCUUCCCUGGCGGGCAGGCCCGUCCGGAGGUGGCUCGCCGCGCGUUUGAGUUGGCGUGUGCAGGUGAGAUCGCCUCCAGCUGCCUCCAGCUCAGCAUCAUGCACAUGCAAGCGGAGAGCAGGGACAUGUCGCGCGCCUUGCUGUAUGCGGAGCGCGCCUGCCACCUGGGUCACCCGUGGGGCUGCAUUAACGCCGGGCGGAUGCUUCACCUGGGGGAUGGAGUCAAACCCAACCCUGAGAGGGCACGGGAGCUCAGGGAGCGAGCCGCGCUGCUAGCCCGGGCGGCACACUGAGGAGGACUCACGAGACACGAGAGAUGAUAAAAUCAUGGACACCUGAGCUUUCGCCUUCCAUCUCACUGACCAGGAUUGGCACUAGCAAGGGAAACGCAGUCCACAUUGGCACUCAAUACACAACACCGAUACGCCCCAACAUGGUAUGUGAUGGUACACGAUACUCCACACUCCACAAGUAUGAACCCGUGUGAUAUGCAUGUACCCAUGUGAUGCACAUGAAACUAUUAAUCAUGUGUAUCACGUGUCCAGCUUGAAUACAGAACACACGGCACUUGGUGGUCUCACACUUACUCAGGCUGACAGAUUUAUCUGACAGAAUCCAAAAUGUGGGACCAAGAGGAAGAUCUAGUGCCAGGUGGUGGUGAUGAUGAGACUGUAAGAGCGGUCCCUGAAGGAUUGCGUUAACUGUAACAAGAGGAAGACCCAAAGCCAGAUGAGAUGCUACACCCUUCAUUGGAUCUGGCAGAAGCAGGGAAGCAAUGCUGAUGUUUGGUGACCUCUGCACGGACGUGUUGGCCUUUAUAAUAUAUGUUUUGAGCAGAUUAUUAUUCUUGGGUCUUUCGGUAAAGUCACGUAGAUGGGUUCAAAGAAAAUAACAAAAACUACGACGUUUCGAUCGCAAUGCAAGCAAUCAUCAGGAUGUACCUAUGUGAUGCACAUGAAACUAUAGAUUGUGUCGGGAUCGAAACGUAGUUUAUUGUUAUUUUUGUUUUCUUUUAACCUAUCUAUAUGACUUUACCGAAAGACCCAAUAAUAUGAAUUGCUGCAGUGACGAAAGCUUUAAGUCAGAUUAUUGUUGUUGGGAAUUUUGUCUGGAGAAAUAAAGAACACGUGAUUGUUCUCUCAG